UCAAGCGGCACGCGGAAACAGUGAAAGGCUGUUUAGUUUCAAAGCGUCAGAAAACCUCCACAGGAGCAGCUCCACAGCAGCGCGACAUUCACAGAAAUCAAUACUGGAUGUGGACAACGUGCUCGAGAACACCAGUUCUGUCUUUAGCCUCUUAAAUAAUUCCUUCUGUUAAUAAUAAAAGCUUAACAUAAAAACAAACAAACUCCAAAGUGCCAGUUCCAGAGGAGGACGUGAUGGCUCAGAGGGAGUCACCGGUCGUUUUAAAUGGGACUCAAAUAUCAUACAUUGGACAUGACUCUAAGGACAUCCCCAAUUUUCUUGGUGAGACGUACGGCUCGUUUGCAAGACGACUGGAUCUGAGUUUCAACCAGUUCAGGUCGCUGGCAGGCCUCAAAAUGUUUACUGAGCUGGAAGAGUUGGUCGUCGACAACAAUCUGCUUGGAAAUGACCUCCAGUUGCCCAGGUUACCCAAGCUCCACACCCUGACACUCAAUAAGAACCAACUGACUGAUAUCGAGGCCCUGCUGGAUAACUUGGCUGACGUGACCCCAUCGCUGCAGUACCUAAGCCUGCUGGGAAAUGAGGCCUGCCCCAACCAGCUGGUAAGCCUGGAUAAGGAUGACGACGACUACCAGAGAUACAGGUACUUUGUACUUUACAAGUUACCCCAGCUUAAGUUUUUGGACUCCAGGAAAGUAACAAGAAAAGAGCUAAUGGAGGCACAGGAAAGAGGGGCCUUCAUGAAAGUGGUAAAGCCAAAGUCGGAGGGACUGCUCAAUGAGGCUGGAUCAGAGAUUCGCCCACUGCCCUACACACCUCUGCCACGGGGAUCCAGAGAUGCAAAAAACCACAAAGGGGUAUUCGCCAAGUGUCGCUACAUCUACUAUGGCAAGCACUCAGAAGGCAACAGAUUCAUCCGAAACGAUCAGCUCUGAUGUCCACAAGAAGCUCUCAAAGGGGUCAUUUUUUUUUAUUUAUUAAAACCUUGGUGGAUUUAAUUCAUUCACCUAAUCCACUGCUGGAAUAAGAUCCCUUAUAUCCAAAUAUGCUUUUUUUUUUCUGUACAUUGAAUGUCUCCUUUUUUAUAGUGCAUAUUAGAGCCACUGUUCCAGUAUCCUCUCCUGAGCCGAGCGUACAUCUGUUUGCCUGCUUUCAGCUCAGAGUCAGAGAUGACACUCCCACUGACAUGAUUGCCUCUAAGCAUCAGCUGCAACACAACUCUCUCACACACACAAGGACAGGUUCCCUACCUUAUGGUCUAACACACAGGCAGUAACAAACAUACCCAGCCAAUUGCUUCCUUUUCUUGGACACCCAUGAUGGAUCACUUGUUCACUGCAGCUACUAAUCAAGGGUGAAAAGGGUGGCGGUCACACACCUGGGCCCUGAAGUGGAGUCAUCUUCUUCAUUCUUUUUUCUCUUUUUUUUUUGCCAUUGCUUGUCUGAGGCUUGCCCUCACAACUGUUUUUUUUAUCAUUAGGCAAAGUCUUAAUAGCAAAUGAAUGGAAGUUACAGCUGAGAACUAGUAACAUGCAAAGCAAAAUCCCAUAUUUUGGCUUUGCUAGGUAGUAAAUCAUUUUAUUUUUUUAUUAUUAUUAUUAAGAGCUAAAAAUAGUUUUCUAUUCAUAUUGCUGUCUAUAUGUUCGAGAGCUGAAUGGGAAUUUAUGCUACUACAUCAUGUGAAAUCUCUGGCCCCGUCUGAACCACUAAUUAGCUGAAUUCCCCUCAAAACAUAAAGCUUUACUCAUCCUGUUUUGUUUUUUUCCAGAAACAGUUUAAUUCAGUCUGUUAAACUAAGCCCAAGUCUGAAUUUAUGUUGUAUUCAUCAAUAAAUAGAAAAUAUAUUUUUUAUCCAAACAUAAUGGUCAGAUUUCCGGUUAGUUAAUUAACAAGAGCUGAUGACCCAGGGUCUUAGAUAAAAACAUUUAAUUGAUUAUUGUCAAUUGCAAAUCAACAAUGAAAACGUACAUUUACAAGAAUACUGAAAAAAAAGUAUAUUUUGAGCACUAAUUGAAUAUUUUCAUAGAUCUACACACACAGGUAGUUUUAAAUUAUUGCUUAUUCCAAAUUGUGAGCAUAUUCAAAUAAUUUCAGAUAUUAAUCCAAUAAAUAACAUAAUUUUCUGGAAAUGUGUGGUGUGUUUUAGUUUGUAUUUUAAUGUACAUCUGCACUUAUAUUUUGUUUUUUCAUCUCCAAACAGAAAUUGUUAGAUUAGAAUAAAUGAGGCAUGUUUUGUAAGGGUUGUAAUUCUUUCCAUUACAUAAAUUGGUGAGGACCAAAAUGUCCAGAACUAUGAAAACAAUAGAAGAACUAAUCAAAAGAUUUCCUGUAUUUAUUACUUUAAUUGCCAUUUUCUUAAGUUCACACUCUGAUGUUUCUGAUUGAGAACUGAUUGCCAAAUUCAACUUUUAUCAUAGGCAUCAUUUGAUUGACUAGUUUUUGAUAUUUUGUAUUAAAUGACCAUCAUGCAAAAGUUUGACAAAUGUCACAAGUCACCAACAUCUAGGUCAAAGAUCAAUACAAAGAUCAUUAAACAGGUUAUAUGAACCAUAUAAUUGUUUGGGGGAAAAAAAGUGUCUAAAAUUAAGAUUACAAAGAGUGGGUUGAAAAGAAGAAUAAAAAAUUGGAUUCCCAAACAAUUAAUGCUCUAAUUAAUGAACAAGUUGUAUCCACGUGCCUAUCAUUUAUACUGAUCAAAUGAAAUUACCACCUUGAUGUUGUACUCAUAAGGAAAAAAAAAUUCAGAGUGGACUAAAAUCUUCUCUACAAAACUAAAACCUUAUCAUACAACAUGACUUUACCAAUCUACUGUUUCUUCUUUCAUAAACACAAGAAGUCAAAAAUGGCGCUCUAUGACGGCUGAUGAAACUUUUUAAAAUCUCAUUUAUAACCAAACAAUCUGGGUUACAUCAAAAUGUGUAUUUGAUGUUUGGUUUAAACAACUCAGCUUCUCUUGCACUGGCUUUUCUUUCCAUUUGCAUGGAUCAAACCCACCUAAUGUGGUGUAAAAUAUACAGGUAGUAUUGGACCUUUUUUACAUAGACUAAGGUAUUUUGAAUUUUUAUGCAAACGUGUUUUGCUCCAUCUAUUAUUAUAAUUUUUUAUCCCGUUGAGGUUUCCUUUUCAUGCCUUAGGCUCUUUUUAUACUACUUAUGUUUUUUUUUUAUUUGUACUGAGAUGCACUUCAAAUAUAAAUAACAUAUGAAAACAUACAGUGGUAUUUUUAAUUGUUUAUCUCGUUUUUAUGAAUUUUGUUAUGUUUGUAUUAUUGUUAGUCGUGUACACUGUCUCUCUUUGUGCCUUAACACAGCAGUAGGUUAGAAAGGUGUCAAGCGCACCUUCCAGUUUAGGAUUUUGAACAAACAUUUGAUAUCUAACAGCUGAAGUAAAUGUUUUACUUUUGUGUGAUUAAAAGGGCUGAACUCAGA